UGACGGUAAAAUGACGCGUUUGUGGGUCGACCGAGUCCAACACGACUGAGGAAACGUGCUACAGUCUGAGCGUGUACAUUAUAACAGGGAACAACGUGUUACUCGGGAUAUCAGCCUGUUUGUAAAAACAGUUUUGAGGAAGUAAAAGACACAACAAACACGUAACAGUAAUUUUGGAUCCAUCGUAUUUGAGACGACAGAUUUGUGUUUUUCCUGUGGUACACACUGUCACUGGGGCGGUACCCUUUUGUACCUAAAGAGGACAUACAGUACACCAAAGAAACAUCUUGGUACCAAAUUGGGGAAAAUGAGAAGAGAAGUGAAAGCGGGAGUCAACUUUCUCAAAUGCUUGGCGGUGGAACGUGGAGGUGUAGACGAAAUCAAAGCCAAACAGUUUGCUGCUAAACUACAAGAGCUUCUACUUGAAAAGUUCACAGACCACUGGUACCCAGACAAUCCUACCAAGGGACAGGCAUACAGAUGCAUCAGAAUUAAUGAAGGAGGUCCUUGCGAUGAAUCAGUGUUGCAAGCAUGCAAAGACUGCGGUCUAAAGCCGUCUGAGUUGGGCUUUCCUCGUCAAAUUACAGUAUGGAUUGAUCCACUGGAGGUGUGCGUGCGCUCUGGGGAAAACUGUAGAUAUUUUACAGUGGCUCAGUUUAGUAAAGGGGAGGAGGAUGAUGAGCAAAAUGAGAUUGACUUGAAUCAGGAUAGCACAGUGGAUGCUGUGAAUUUGGAGACCUCUGAUUACCAUUCAGCGUCCUCCUCUGACUGCGGCUCGACCGUCUCAAGUGACACAGAAGAAGAAAUGAAGAUGAAAGAAACAAAGAAAGUAGUAGAGAAAAUAGUGAAGAACACAGCUCGCACAACAAGAUUCAAGACAAGGGAUGCAAAAGGGCCACGAAAAAUUCCUCAAGUUCAGAUGCCUGCCCCACAUUACUUCUAUCAGCCUUUGCCAAUGUGGCUCCAGAAUAAGAAAAAGAGAGGCACGUUCUUCACGCCCGUAUGUGCACCGGCACCUUCUCCGUUGUUUGCUUACUACGUUAUUCCCAAACCCGCUUCUCAGUUCAUCAUGCCUACCUUUCAAACCUGGGGGACAGUAAAAGGAUAAAUCAGGUCAAAUCCAAGGCUAUUGUCAUGAAGCUAUUUUUAUUAUGCAGUCUGACGUAUGGCAACAUUUUUAAUCGUUUUACAUUAAAAUCUGAAACCAUUAACUAUACUCUUUUCACAAACUCUCAUUAGGUUUUCUGUGGGUUGUUGGUUUACUAAGACUAAGAUUACUAAGAUUUUCUAAAACUGCUUUUGCACAGAUCAUUUACUUUGUUAUUAGGUGAUCAAAAACUUAACAGGGACAUUUAUCAACUACUUGACCAAAUUGCUGCAUACAAAAAUGAGAAGUACUGUAACAUCUCUUUCAUCAGUUAAUGUAGUGAAUAUUUAAAAAAAACAAUAUUUUUAUAGAAUUGUUUGAGUGCUAUUUUAUGUAAAAGAAAAUACUAUAAAAGUAAUCAUAAAUAUAGGCUAAUAGUCUUCUGUGAAAACACAUUCCCAAAUAUUAAAUAACAUAUCCAGCAGGUAAUCUCAGGAGUCUUUAAAUUCAGCAAUAUCUGUGAAAAUACCAGGUAGCAUUUACCUCUUUCUUACCUCUUACAUUUCUACAGAAAGUAAUUUUUAUAUACUGAAGCCAUAAAGUGCUGUGGUGCAUAUUGAUGCUAUUAGAUAAUGUGAAUUCACAUAUUCACAGAGAUUUAAUCAUAUUUAUGUCUGCACAUAAUGUUUAAAAGAUUGCAUUAAUAUUAAACGUUUUUUUAAUUAUACUUGAUUUAACAGACAAUGAUGCUGUUAUGCUUGUAGCUUGGUAAUUUUAUUGUAAUUUAUUACAGAACCACUAGGUGGUACUAUAUUGUCUUAAGGCUAAAGCCAUACUUUAUUUUAAUCAUGUUUUGUUUGUUCGCAUCGUUUGGUCCUAGAAACUUGCCGGUGUUUGUUAUGAAUUCAACAGCAUGUAAACGUUUACAGUGUUCAUUCCCACAAAAUGAUUUGUUGGAUAAAUACAAUGUUUAUUUAUAUAAAUAUUUUACAGAAUCAUAAUUGAAACCACCAACUUUUGUUGUAAACUAUUUUCAGGACUGGAAUGUCACAUUGAUUUUCUUUUUAGUUGAAAAAUUGGAUGAGGUUUAAUAUAUGCAAUGUAACUUACUCAUUUUUUUUAUUUCUUAAACCUCAAUUGUAUAUUUAUUUGUCCCUUCUGUGCUUUUUUAUAUUAAACAUUUUUAAUAAUG